UGACGGGCCAGCUGGGGGAGGUGAUGAAGGAGAGCGCCCGCAUCGCCUACACCUUCGCCAGGGCCUUCCUGAUGCAGCACGAGCCCGACAACGACUACCUGGUGGCCUCCCACAUCCACCUGCACGUGCCCGAGGGCGCCACCCCCAAGGACGGCCCCAGCGCCGGCUGCACCAUCGUCACGGCCCUGCUGUCCCUGGCCACGGACAGGCCCGUGCGCCAGAACCUGGCCAUGACCGGCGAGGUCUCCCUCACGGGCAAGAUCCUGCCUGUGGGUGGCAUCAAGGAGAAGACCAUCGCG